AUGUCCGGCAGGUUACUAAGUAUCAACGAAUUGUCUCAAAUACUUUUCGUUUCCUUCUUGUGGGGUACUACAAAUCCACUGAUACGUAUCGGUGCUAGAUCCUCAGACAUCGAUGAAAAAAGUAAAUUUUUGAUGUUGUGUUUUUUAGUGUUUGCAAAUAGUCGUAUUUAUCUCUAUUUUGCUUUUGAUUUUGUUUCUUCUUCCGGGCAGUCAUAUGUAAAUUUUUGUCGUGUUGCUUCAAAACCUCAGGUAGGUUGGACUGCCGUACGUAUUAUUCUUUUUUGUUAA